CCUACAGCUGCGUUCACGAAUAUAUGGAUGUCUACGCAGAGGUGCUACAGCCGAAUCCAGCCGAAUUGGUGAACACGCCGUUCGGUGGACGAUACUGCGGGCCAAUACCACCAAGGAAGAGAGUGUCGUUGUACCGCGCCAUGGCACUGUCUUAUCACACGGACAAGAACACUUCAACGAACGAUAUCUUCGUAGGAAAAUAUGAAUUUAUUAAUGAUACGGAAUACGAAAUUGGUACACCGUUAGCCGGAGGACCGUGCAAUUUUUUGGUAAAAGGAGCAGUUAAACACACGGGGUCAAUCCUAUCGCCGACGUAUCCAGGCGCUUACCCCAAGGCGAUGCACUGCACUUACCAGUUUCUCGGUGCUCCUGGAGAAAGAAUCCGCUUGGAAUUUAGGGAUUUUGAUUUGUUUUUUGGAGGGCCACAUUGUCCCUUUGACUACGUAAAAGUCUACGAUGGGCCGGACAAUAGUUCAGCUGUGAUCGGAACCUACUGCGGGCAACAACGCAAUCUAGUCAUUUAUUCGUCUGAAUCUUCUCUUCUCGUCGCAUUCGUCACCCUCCCACGCACUGCCAAUACUCAGAACCGAGGUUUUAAAGGGAUUUUCGAGUUUUCCAACUCAUUUACAAAAUUAGAUUUUAUAAGUAAAAACGAUGGGGAACACAUCCGAGGUACGGAGUGUGAUCAAAAAAUUCUAAGCAAAAAAGAAUCCAGCGGUUUCGUGUUCAGUCCGAACUACCCGUUCCUCUACAUGCCCAAACUGGUCUGCAGGUACUUCAUAUACGGUAUGCAAGACUCGCAGCACUUAGAAAGGGUACGUCUGGAGUUCCUCAUGUUCGAGAUACCCAAAGGACCGAAAGGAGAUUGUACUGACGGCUACUUGAAAAUAUAUCUGAAGGGCCAAGAAACGACUGAUUCAUACGAUAAAUUUGAUUACGAGAUGUGCGGGGAUGAUACCAAGCCCACGGUGGUCGUUUCUGAUGGUCCUAGACUUGUUAUGGUAUUCAGCAGCAGUGAACUGAUGGGUCGCGGUUUCAAGGCUAACUAUACUUUUGAGACUGAAUAUAGAAUACCUGGUACUGCAGCGCCAGAUGGUUCGUGCUCGUUCACCUACCUGAGCACGAGUAAAAAGAAAGGAGAAUUUAACUCGCCGCGGUAUCCCUCGAAUUAUCCAAGCGACACGAACUGCACCUAUCUCUUUCUAGCCACGAAUAACGAGCAAGUCACGUUGGUUUUUGACAACUUUAAAGUUCGCGCUGACAGUAUCAAUGCCACCAUUGGUUCCUAUGGAACUACUAUUUGCCAAGAGGACUGGAUAGAAAUCUUUAAUGUAUAUCGCGACGGGUCAGAAACGAAAAUCGGCAGAUACUGCCACAUGUCAGCGCCUGGUCCGAUUGAGUCUCCCAGAGGGGCGUCCGGGCUCAAAUUGGUCCUGCACUCUGACUCCGAAGGUGUAUACAGUGGAUUUAAAGCCAGGUAUAGCUUCGAAACAUCGAAAUCUAUCUUCGGAGAUUGCGGAGGGAACGUGAGCAGCUUGGAUUCUGGAGUUAUAAGCAGCCCGAAUUUUCCGAAAGACUACGAGGCUCCGUCGAAGAAUCAAGCCUCGAAAAGUUGUAACUGGUAUAUCAGCGUGAGACCCAAAUAUAAGGUUCUUCUUGUAUUUGAAAAGUUCGCCAUCGAAGGCGACCCUCUAGGGAGAGGAUGUCCUGCUGCUGUGUUACGUUUGUGGAACGACGUUUCGUCGACCCCAAUCGAACUUUGCGGCGAGAAAGCUGUCACUGAUAAGUCCUGGCAGUACGUGUCGACGUCAAGUACUAUGAGAUUCAGUUUCAUUACUGCCGAUAAAGCUGUUGGUGCUCAAGGAUUCAAAGCCUACUGGACCGAAGUACUGGAAGGGCCUAGCUGCGACGAGUUUCAAUGCACAAGGUCGGGCUUUUGCAUUCCUGAAAAGUUGCGAUGCAAUAAAAUCAAUAAUUGUGGAUCGGACGACGAUUCCGACGAGGAGAAUUGUGAGUGACGUAAUGGCCCUUUUGCAUUUGCAAAUUAAGUAGAUUUCUUUAUUAUCGAUGUUUAAUGUAUCUUAAAAUAAAAUAAUUUGUUUUUUUAUGAUAAUAUAUAAAUGUUUUGUUCCUUGGAAAAAAUGCUUUUUGCGGUUUUGAGUUUGGAAUAAGUUAAAUAUACAAGGUGUCUCAUAUGUCAUGAAUUAAACGAAGUAAGGUAAUGGAAAAGAAUAUUUAUAAUGCAAAUAACUAUACCAAAAUUAUAGUUUCAUAUUUUGAACAUAUGUCAAAG